AUGGAUUUCUCUGUUGCUCAGUUCACGACUGGCUCCGUUAUUCCGGAUACAAGUUCAUCCCCCUUGCCACUCGUCAAGCAUGACUAUGCAGUUUCGGCUGAACAAUCCCAAUCUACCUCCUAUUCUGACGCUUCGGAUGCGUCAUCAAUUUUUCAUUCGGCCACCUCUUUUGCAGAUACCAAAGGCCCUUAUAACAAUUCCCUUCCAAACUGUGGGCCGGAGGAUUUUUCGCGUACCUGUUUCCCUUACACAGGCCUUGAUUCGACUUCUGAAACUACGUCAACUCCUGAGGGCGUCCAAUUCUUGCCGUUUGAUGGUGUCAGUCAGGCGGACAAGGGACCAGAGAAGGCUGAUCGCAUAUGUACAGACUCUCCUACUCAAGAUGAAACCAGUAACUCAACGCACAACAAUCUAAUUCCUGAUGGCCUGGCAAACGACACCGGGCAAACCGCCUCCUUGUAUCAAACUGGAGAUGCGCCAGCUUAUGGUGGGUACUAUUUUGGUGAUAAUAUUCACUUUACUGCUGAAAGCCGGAGCCGACUCAGAGGAAAUGAGACCUCAGAAGCUAAUUACAGGUACGCCACGCUAACAGAUUUCAAGAACAUGGCUCCUAACGCCCUCGGAGGCCCUCUUGACCCAAGCAUACCUAACUGGACCUCGUGUUCUGAAGCCGUGACUUCGCAUUCUAAUCCUGUUCAUUCCAAUGAGCUUUCCUCUUCCCCACCUCAUAAUUAUCCCGUCGAUCAAGAUCAACUGUUAGAUUGUUCGAACCGAGAUGGGACCAAGGGUUAUGAUGGCUGUGGGGACUCUGAUGAUUUUUCUGCCGCAGAACAGGCGAUUUUCCUGGACCAGGAAUUCAGUGGCACUCCUUAUCUGCCUCCUACCCAGACACACAGUAUGAAUACUCAAUGUAUGGAUUCUCAGAAUUUUCCGAAUCCAGCUUACAAUCAGGGAAAUUUCCCCACCAUAUUCUCGUAUCCCAAUAUGCCUGCUGAAUCGAAAUUUGGUUUUGUCAAUUCUAACCAGAAUCCUCGUCCGGACGUAAACAGUCCAAGCUUUUUGCUAAACGCAGGCGAUCCCAAUAAUCUGAAUAUAUGCUCCAGGAACAUGGGGAUGGUCAGUACACCAGAUUCAUGCGAGCCUCACAAUUGUUCUCCUGAGAAGGAUAUCUACCUCCGUAAGAAUUUCGAUUUUUUGCCUCAGUUUAUGCUGAAUUGCAUCUUACGGGUCACUUAA